AUGGGCCCUCCUUGGUGCGGACGAAACUGGUACGAAAAUUAUUGCUGUGGUGGAGGAGUCAAGUUGCCGAAGGUUCUCUCCUGGGGACUGCAAAUGCUUUCAUUCAACCAGGCUUACGCUGGACUUCUUUUCCUUGGUCUUUUAUUCCAGGGUACGACAGGUGAAAAACGCUGUCCAUGCCCUACCAACCUGUAUGAUACCAAACUUUGUCCUUCUAAAGAAAAUUGUUAUAAAGAUCCCAAUGCAAUCAAAUAUGGCCCUCCAGACUGUAAGCCUACCAUACAGUGUCCCGGUGACUACUUCAUGAAAUUUAUAUUCGACGAUAAUAUGGAAAUGGAAAAUUUGCCGGUAAAACGUGAUUGGAAAUUUAUCAAAUGCGUAAAUGGUGAAUGGACAAUGGAAUGGGCCAAAGGAAAAAAUCAGUAUCCUAUCGUCCACAUGGCCUGCUACCCAAAGCGCAUAUAA